AUGAAAUAAAAAGAAAUUAAACAGAAAGACAAUUUGGAUUAGUAAGAAAAGCCUGUGGCCAAGAAAAUUAAAAAAAACGAAGCCAAUCCAGCUGAGGAAUACGAAGUGGUCGAAACAAUGCUGACUGCAGAUUUCUACAAGGCUGGUGUAGUUGAAUUAGCCCAGAAAUUGAUUGGCAAGAUAAUAGUCAGACAAUUGCCAUAAGGGGAGGUCAGAGCAAUAAUAGUGGAGACAGAAGCCUAUAAAGCUCCUGAGGACAAGGCAUGUCAUGCUUACAACAACAAAAAAACAGACAGGACAAAAUACUUUUGGCAAGAUGGAGGUCAUUUGUAUGUCUAUUCGAUAUACGGAAAUAAUUACUGUUUAAAUAUUACGGCAGCAACCAAGGAUGAUCCAGAGGCUGUAUUGAUAAGGGCAGUUUAACCCUUAAGUUUUGAUAUCAUAAAGGAGAUACGCAAGACUAAGUCGACGAAGGUGCAGGAUCUUUCGAAUGGCCCUGGGAAAUGCGGAGGGUGUUUGCUCUUGGAUAAGUCUCAUAAUGGGUUGAAUUUGUGCGAUCAGAAAAGUGGGAUGUAUUUGAUAGACAAUAAGAAAUAAUACGAGAUUGGUGUUUCAGCCAGGAUCAAUAUUGAUUAUGCAGAGGAAUGGAAGGAUAAGCCUUGGAGAUUUUACGUUAAAAACAAUAGUUUUGUGUCCAAGGGUUGAGUGAUUAUGUUGUAAUGUUUAAUCAUAAUGCAAUUUGUGU